AUGAUCUUUGAAGACAGAUUGACAGUUGGUGUUGAAGACAGAUUGACAGUUGGUGUUGAAGACAGAUUGACAGUUGGUGUUGAAGACAGAUUGACAGUUGGUGUUGAAGACAGAUUUAUAGUUGGUGUUGAAGACAGAUUGAUAGUUGGUGUUGAAGACAGAUUGACAGUUGGUGUUGAAGACAGAUUGACAGUUGGUGUUGAAGACAGAUUUAUAGUUGGUGUUGAAGACAGAUUGACAGUUGGUGUUGAAGACAGAUUUAUAGUUAGUGUUGAAGACAGAUUGACAGUUGGUGUUGAAGACAGAUUUAUAGUUGGUGUUGAAGACAGAUUGACAGUUGGUGUUGAAGACAGUUUGACAGUUGGUGUUGAAGACAGAUUGACAGUUGAUGUUGAAGACAGAUUGACAGUUGGUGUUGAAGACAGAUUGACAGCUGGUGUUGAAGACAGAUUGACAGCUGGUGUUGAAGACAGAUUGACAGUUGGUGUUGAAGACAGAUUGACAGUUGGUGUUGAAGACAGAUUGACAGCUGGUGUUGAAGACAGAUUGACAGUUGGUGUUGAAGACAGAUUGACAGUUGGUGUUGAAGACAGAUUGACAGUUGGUGUUAAAGACAGAUUGACAGUUGGUGUUGAAGACAGAUUGACAGUUGGUGUUGAAGACAGAUUGACAGUUGGUGUUGGUGGGUUUACUAUAUGGUUAUACCACGAAAAGUAUGUCACCGUUGACUUAAAUUCCCUUGUAGCCUGA